AUGUAUCUACACUAUCUCUCUUGGUCCAUAGCGCCGGGGUGUAGGGGUGGGACGAAGUGGAAGGACUACCUGGAGGCAUCAGGAGUUGCUGGUUUCACUUCGGACCGUUAUAGAUGGAUCCGCUCUCCAAGUUUUUGCCGCAAUGUCUUUGCUUCGAUUGUUUCUGCACGGCACGCGGUUGCUGUUGCAGAAGGAGCAUAUCCUAUUGGCCUAGCCGCUACCUCCCACCCGCCCUUGGAGCCAAUCAGAUACGAGUCUGGAAUGAGUGGGCGUUCUCAGAGCGAAUUGAUUGGCCGCCUACCUGUCUGCGGAAAUAGCCCAAUGACGUCUGAUGAAAGAAAGAUUUUGCAAACUGUUGUUAAACUACUUAAUCAAGAUGAGCUCUAA